UGAGUUAAAAAGAAAAGCAAAAGAAAAAGGUAAAGAAAACCAAAGUGUUUAGGGAAAUCUCACUUUCAAGUACACAGAGGGUUGAGUUUCCCCAAAUUCAUCCACUUCCAACUCAAGAAUUACAGAUUUCAACACAGAAUCUGGUCAUCAUCAGCAGGAUUUUGAUUUUGUGUACUGAAGCGUUAAAUCUCCGUCACGUGGAUUUGAAUUUGGUACGAAGGUGCAAGAUCCUUGUGGUUUCAGAAAGCACCAAUGUGUGGUGUGCGGGCACGUCGCUUUAUUGUACGCUUCUAUUAAUUAUAUCCUCAAAGUUUGAUCUCAAUCAUAAAAAUACGAGUUUGAUAAGAGAAAAUGAGUAGUUUAGUUGAAAGACUUCGUGUUAGAUCCGAUUCAAGGCCUCGCUAUAGCUUGGAUGAAUCCGACGAGGAGUCAGACCUCCUGUUCGGUAAAUCUAAAAAAUCCGAAGAUUUCGAGAAAAUUGUCAGAGACGACGCGAAAGAGGAUUCAUGUAACGCCUGUGGUGAAUCUGGGAAUCUACUCGUUUGUGAAACGUGCACGUAUGAAUACCACCCCAAGUGUUUAAUGCCACGUCUAAAAGCUCCUCUUCCCACCGCCUGGAGAUGUCCAAAAUGCGUUAAUCCUCUAAACGAUAUAGAAAAGAUUCUGGACUGCGAAAUGAGGCCUACGGUUGCUGAUGACGGUGAUGCUUCGAAACUUGGUUCAAAACAGAUAUUUGUGAAACAAUAUCUCGUUAAAUGGAAAGGAUUAUCUUAUCUUCAUUGCACAUGGGUCCCGGAAAAGGAGUUUAUAAAAGCUUACAAGGAACUGCCUCGUUUGAGGACAAAAGUAAACAACUUUCGCAAGCAAAUGCCUGUCGGCAACAGCUCAGAAGAUGAUUUUGUCCCGAUUAGGCCCGAAUAUACGAUGGUUGAUCGAAUUCUUGCAUGCAGGCAAGAUGAUGAGGAAAAGGAAUAUCUAGUAAAAUGGGUAGGACUUAACUACGACGAAUGUUAUUGGGAAUCGGAAUCGGAUAUCGCAUCAUUUCAGCAACAAAUCGAGAAUUUUAAUAGACUGCAGUCUCGAUAUCGAAAACUAAGGAAACAAAAAAGCAACGUUCGUGAUGGGGUUGACUCGAAAAACAAGUCAAAAGAGUUUCAGCAGUUUGAAAAAAGUCCCGAGUUUCUUCCCGGAGGCGAGCUCCAUCCGUACCAGCUUGAAGGGUUGAAUUUCUUGCGUUUCUCAUGGUCUAAACAAACACAUGUGAUACUUGCUGAUGAAAUGGGUCUUGGAAAAACAAUACAGAGUAUUGCUUUUUUGGCAUCUUUAUACGAAGAGAACGUCUCCCCUCAUUUAGUAGUAGCACCGCUUUCGACAUUAAGGAACUGGGAACGUGAAUUUGCCACAUGGGCUCCACAUAUGAAUGUUGUUAUGUAUGUUGGAACGGCUGCCGCUCGUAAUGUUAUAAAAGAGUACGAAUUUUAUUUCCCAAAGUCUCAGAAAAAGGACAAAAAGAAAAAGUCAACUCAUGAAAGUAAGCAAGAAAGGAUAAAGUUUGAUGUCUUGUUGACUUCUUAUGAAAUGAUUAACAUAGAUAACGGGUCGUUGAAGGCAAUAAACUGGGAGACAAUGAUUGUGGACGAAGGGCAUCGUCUUAAAAAUAAAGAUUCGAAAUUGUUUUCUUCGUUAAAGCAGUUUAACACCCGACAUCGUACAUUAUUGACUGGAACCCCUCUUCAGAACAAUUUGGAUGAGCUUUUCAUGCUUAUGCACUUUCUUGAUGCUGGAAAGUUUGCAAGCUUGGAGGAAUUUCAAGAAGAAUUUAAGGAUAUCAAUCAAGAAGAGCAGGUUUCAAGGCUACAUAAGAUGUUGGCCCCACAUCUUCUAAGAAGAGUGAAGAAAGAUGUGAUGAAGAAACUACCACCCAAAAAGGAGCUCAUUUUGCGUGUGGAGUUAAGUAGCAAACAGAAAGAGUAUUACAAAGCAAUUUUAACUCGUAACUAUCAGUUAUUAACUCGCCGAGGUGGCGCUCAGAUAUCUCUUAUUAAUGUGGUUAUGGAACUGCGUAAGCUCUGUUGUCACCCUUUCAUGCUGGAGGGAGUUGAACCAGAAGACACCAAUGAGUUUUACAGUCAACUAUGUGAAGCUUCCGGGAAAUUGCAGCUUUUGGACAAAAUGAUGGUGAAGCUGAAAGAGCAAGGACACAGGGUUCUAAUAUAUACGCAGUUUCAGCACAUGUUAGAUUUGCUCGAAGAUUAUUGCAAUAACAAGAAAUGGUUAUACGAACGGAUUGAUGGAAAAGUCAGCGGUGGUGAAAGACAAGUUCGAAUAGAUAGGUUUAAUGCCGCCGGUUCUUCUAGAUUCUGCUUUUUAUUGUCUACUAGAGCUGGGGGUCUUGGUAUAAACCUAGCCACUGCAGACACGGUUAUUAUUUAUGACAGUGAUUGGAAUCCACAUGCGGAUUUACAAGCUAUGGCCCGUGCUCAUCGUCUUGGGCAGAAAAAUAAGGUGAUGAUAUUUAGACUCAUAACACGAGGAACAAUUGAAGAACGGAUGAUGGAGAUGACCAAAAAGAAGAUGGUUUUAGAGCAUUUGGUUGUCGGCAAGCUCAAAAAUCAAAACAUCAACCAGGAAGAGCUCGAUGACAUCAUAAGAUAUGGCUCAAAGGAAUUAUUUGCUGAUGAGAAUGAUGAGGCGAUGAAAUCAAGACAAAUUCAUUAUGAUGAUGCUGCAAUAGAUAGAUUGCUUAACCGUGAUUACACUGAAGAAGAAAAUGCUGCAAUGGAUGAUGCAGAAGAAGACGGCUUUUUGAAAGCAUUUAAGGUGGCAAAUUUUGAGUACAUUGAUGAAGCAGAAUCAAGAAUGGAAGAGGAAAUACAAGAGCCUUUGGCGGAGAAUAAAAGUGCAGCUAUAGAAAGAUCGAGUUAUUGGGAGGAUUUGCUAAAAGACCGAUAUGAAGUGCACAAAGUUGAAGAAUUUAAUUCUAUGGGCAAGGGAAAAAGAAGCCGUAAGCAGAUGGUAUCUGUUGAAGAUGACGAUCUUGCUGGAUUGGAAGAUGUAAGUUCUGAUGCUGAUGAUAACUAUGAAGCGGAGUUAUCCGAUGGCGAAAAUUCUGCUGGAUUAGCACCCGCGAAAAAGCCUUACAGGAAGAAAACACGUGUUGAUAACGCUGAGCUACUUCCUCUUAUGGAAGGUGAAGGGAGAGCCUUUAGAGUACUUGGUUUUAAUCAAAGUCAACGAGCCCAGUUUGUUCAAAUCUUGAUGAGAUUUGGGGUUGGAGACUUUGAUUGGGCAGAAUUUACGUCACGCUUGAAGCAGAAGAGUUAUGAAGAAAUUAAAGUUUAUGGAACUCUCUUCUUGUCACACAUUUCAGAAGAUAUUACAGAUGCUGUAACCUUUUCAGACGGUGUUCCAAAGGAAGGGCUAAGAAUAGAAGAUGUACUUGUCAGGAUUGCAGUCUUGCUUCUUGUAAGAGAAAAGGUGAAAAAUCCUUCAGAAAAUCAAUCCGCUCCUCUUUUUACAGACGACAUAAUAUAUCGAUAUCCAGGAUUACGAGGUUUAAAAUUCUGGAAGGAAGAACACGAUCGCACCCUACUCCGUGCUGUGUUAAAGCAUGGUUAUGGAAGAUGGCAAGCUAUUGUUGAUGACAAGGAUUUACGGAUUCAGGAAGUCAUCUGUCAAGAAUUGAAUCUCCCGAGUGCGAGUUUAGGUGUUCCAGGAGCUUCUCAGCCUCAGUUUACCGCCCCUGCUGGCGGCAGUGUUGACGGUCAAACAGCAGCUUCUGGUGGUCAAACUCAAGCACAAGAUAUCACUGCUUCAAAUAAUGCAUUAUAUCACUUUAGAGAAAUGCAGAGAAGAGUGGUUGAGUUUGUCAAAAAACGUGUCAUAUUACUUGAAAAAGGACUUAACGCUGAAUACCAAAAAGAAUACUUCGGUGAUGAAAAACCAAAUGUGAUUCGAAGUGAUGAUAUGGAGACUGAAAAAAAGGUUGUAGACAGACCGCCACCCGCAAGCCAGAACGAAACUUUGACUCAGUUGAUUGGUCAACUGCCUAAACUUGAACAACUUUCUGCAGAAGAAAUAUCAGCAGCUGCUUGUGAUGAUAAACCAAAUCGUUUGGCAGUGGGCCGCCUUUAUAACAAUAUGUGCAAGAUAAUCGAGGAAAACACUGUUGAUUCAGUAGAAACAUAUAUAGCCAACAAACCCGCAAGUUUCAAGCUGAAAAAGAACCUUCAACCACUAGAAUCAAUACAUCAAGAAAUCAUCAAAACCAUCUCACACGUAAUUAAAACCGAGAAGAGCAAUGGUGACGUCGCGAGUUCAAGUCCACAUCAGCAUGAACCGGGUCCAGUCAACGGGACUGCGAAUGCUGAUGUGAAAAUGGAAGAUGUGUUGCCUGAUGUGAAAAUGGAAGAUGGUCAAGAUAAGUCAAAACCGGAAACACAUGGGUCGGGUGUCAUUGUUUUGGAGUAGAGACGUCGAACAUCCUAAUUGUUGACCUUUUAUUAUACGAAAAGUGGUGGUGCUAGAUCUUUGUGCAAUGAUUAUAGUUUACUAAUCAAGGUUUCCUAAGGAGAAACCAAUGUUGUUAGUUUAAUAGUUGACUUUGUUUUUGACCAUAGGAAGUAAAACAUUUUUAGGAUCUAUUAUUGUUAUAUUGGAGUUUGUUAUAAACAUACAACUCUCAAGUUGAGGUUUUUGUUUGUUUUUAGGUUCA